AUGGCGGAGGUGAUUAGCAGAACGAGUUUGUUCAUCGGAGCUUGUAAGAACCACCGUGUUGAUGAUAUCUCUGUCUCUCCGGUGAGUUUCGGUGGUCUUGCUUUGAAAAAGAGUUUCUCAUCUCUAAACCUUAAGAAUCAGAAGCCUCUUCGAAGCGAAUUCCAUGGAAAGCAGAUCGUCCUGGAAGAUGCUCAAUCCAAAAGCUCCAGAAGAAGCUUCCGAUCAUCAUCCAUCACAGCUCAGACGACGCUGAGGAUUGGAACGUCCCAGAAGUGGUGGGAGAAAGGUCUGCGAGAAAACAUGAGAGAGAUCUCUUCAGCGCAAGAACUCGUCGACUCUCUCACCAACGCCGGCGAUAAGCUCGUCGUCGUCGAUUUCUUCUCCCCUGGCUGCGGCGGCUGCAAGGCUCUUCAUCCCAAGAUAUGUCAAUUGGCAGAGCAGAAUCCGGAUGUGCAGUUUCUCCAGGUGAACUACGAGGAGCACAAGUCCAUGUGUUACAGCCUCGGUGUCCAUGUCCUCCCGUUUUUCCGAUUCUACCGAGGCGCUCAUGGCCGUGUUUGCAGCUUCAGCUGUACCAAUGCCACGAUCAAGAAAUUCAGAGACGCGUUGGCAAAGCAUAGCCCAGAUAGGUGUAGCCUUGGACCGACCAAAGGCCUUGAAGAGAAAGAGCUUGUGGCACUUGCAGCCAACAAGGAACUCAACUUUAGUUACACGCCAAAGCCUGUACCAGUUGAGGAAGAAGCAGCCAUUCCCACUUCUUCAAACCCAGGUCUCCCUGUUCCUCAUCCAUCGAUGAGCACCAAUGACGAAAAAACACUGGUUUCCGCAGGGAGAUGA